AUGUUGGAAAGUUGCAGCUCAGGUAAAAACAGGAUGUGGAUGCUGGUGAAUUACUUGGUUUGGAUUGGCUUGUUCCUACAGGUACACACAGACCACCCAUCAUGCUUUUUGAAGGGUCAACAUGCUGAUUGCCACUCAAAGGGGCACUACUGGGUUCCAGUUCUACCUCCAAUCAUCACCCACCUCUACUUGGAGAUGAACUACAUCAGUGAGAUCAACAGUGUCUUUCCAGUCAGCCUAAAAAUUCUCAUCCUUUCAAAUAACUACCUAGCCUCCCCUGAUCCCAUGACCUUCCAGUCUCUCCAUUUUCUCAGCCUGUCAGAAAAUCGGUUCCACUGUGACUGCACCCUGGAUUUUUUUCUGAAAUGGCUGAACAUGACCAAUGUAACAUUUCUGAGCCCAGUUCAAGACUACCGGUGUGAGUUUCCAUCAGCUGUCAAUGGCCUUCCGCUGCUGGAAUAUUCCAUGAUCAUCGAACCAUGUGAGGAAGACGAUGAGAAAACUGUUCAUGCCUUCAAAGGCAUUCUCUUUGCCUUGUCGGCCACUCUUAUCACGAGUGUCACAUUUUGUGGGAUUAUUUAUGCACACCUGCGUGGUCAAAUAUUCAUCAUCUACAAAAAGAUUGCUGGCAGAGUUCUUGAGGGAUCAAAACGGACUCCUCCUGAAAAUGACUUAAAGUUUGAUGCCUUUGUCUGCUUCAGCAACAACAACUAUCGGUGGGUGGAGGCUGCUUUGCUUAAGCAGCUAGAUAACCAGUUUUCCGAGGAAAAUUUGUUGCGUUGUUGUUUUGAGGCCAGAGACUUCCUACCUGGUGAGGAUCACCUUUCAAACAUCAGAGAUGCCAUCUGGGGCAGUAGAAAGACAUUGUGCAUUGUUUCCAAGGAGUUCCUUAAAGAUGGAUGGUGCUUGGAGGCAUUCACUCUUGCCCAGAGCCGAAUGCUGGAGGAAUUGACAAACAUCUUAAUCAUGGUGGUGGUAGGAAAGGUGGCUCACUACCAGCUGAUGAAGUGCAAUGCAGUAAGAGCUUUUGUCCAGAGGAGGGAAUAUCUCACCUGGCCAGACGACCCUCAGGACCUGGAGUGGUUUUACGACCAGCUUAUCACUCAGAUUCUCAAAGACACCAAGCUGAAAAACUUUAAAGUGGACAAGCUUGAACCUGCAGAGCCUGAACAUCAACCUGGUGCUGUUGAAGAAAUUCUGCUUGAAAAUGUCAGAGCAAUUGCAAAAUGAACACUGCUUUUGUGUUGCAGAAAAUUCCAAUCAUGUGAAAGAACUUGUUUUCUUUUUUACUCUUAGAAAUCCAAAAAUGAUUCUUACACUCUAAAAAUAUUUUUCUGUCACAAACCUAGCCUUCAGUUUCUGACUCUAGCUGGCACAUGUCUGUAUAUAUUCUCUCUAAAAUGCCACCAUAAUAAUUGUUUUCUCUGAUACUCGUAACGAUUUUAGGUGCUAAAAGCAGCAGAGUGGCCUCCACCAUGUUUUAAAAAUGUUAACUGUAUGUGUAUAACUUCUCAACCCACUAACAAACAGUUGCACCGCAUUUGAAUGAAAUUUGUAUGAAAUGUAUUUGUAUUUGUAUGAAAGCUUGCGCUAGUCUUCAUAUCACCUCUUUGAACCUUUCUUUCAAUAAUGGUGUCCUUUUUGGCCCUCACCAAAUAUGCUAUUUUGUUCAAGUUGCAGAGCUCAGCACAGGCUAAAAUUACUACUGAUGCUUGCUGCAGGAAAGCCUGAAGUUCUGUAGAAGUCUUGAGUGUUUGACAUUUCUUAGACUUAUCUGGGUGAAUAUGUCUUUUUUUGUUCUUUUUUGUUAUGUUCUUUUUUUUCAGCGUGAGAAAGUUUUUUUUCUUAUACUUGUUUGAAACUGAAUAUUUUACUUUACAUAAGAUUCCAUUUGUCUUUCCAUUAUUUUCAAAACCAUGCAAAAGUGCAUGGUUUUGUAAAUUGGACUAAAAUGUAUGUGUCUUUAGUUAAUUUCUCUUAGGAGCUCUAAAGACAAAUAAAAAUAGCCAAGUAAUACUUGGCAAAGAUAAUAUCUUGGAAUUUUAAUAGAGAAUAUGUUAUGACAUGGGAAUUGCUUGUACACCUCGUAUUUACAUUCUGUAUCAUCUGAAAUAUUCUGAGGGUUUUAAGGUAGUUAAUAUCAGUCCGUAAACCAAUCACUUGUACAUAAGGGCAAUUUUUGUCAUGUUUUUUUUUCUAUUUAAGGUAAUUUUGUAUUUGAAGGGAAUAAAGUACAUUAUCAAGUUGAUCAAAACUUGGAUUUAAUAAGGUCUAGCGAUACAUUUCUUGUCAUUUUCACUGGUAUCUUAGAUGUUUGUUUCAAUAAAAUAUGUAUCUAGCUUUAGAGCGCUACUUAAAAACGAUUAACCACUGAAGCAUGAUGUUUUGAUAAUCUUCCUUUCAGAUUGUAAAAGCAAUUGCAAAAAUAAAAGCCAAUGAUAACAAUAGUAUCAAAAAAAGGAAAAGAAAA